UAGUCUUUGUGGGCAGAUCUGGCGGCCUUGCUGCUGCGCAUUACUCCUAGUUUACCGAAGCAUGGAUAAUGGUUCCGAGUAAAAUUGCCCAGAAUUAGGUGGGGCAUUGGUAUGGGAUCCAUCCAGGCCGGUCUGUCUCUAAAGCCUGCAGCAAAACUGCUGCAGUCUUAAGUACAGGUGGAGAUGGCCCCCUAAUUUUCAUCCAAAUUAUCGAGAACAUUUUGUAGUUGUGCUUAUCAGUUAAAUCAGCCAACCUGAAGUGACAUCAUUUUGCACAUACUGUAUAUGUGGCAUCCUGAAUAUGCAAUUUGGUGUUGGUUGUGCAGCUUGCUUCUUUUCUAAAUUCUUUCCUCCACAUCCUGUCUUCUUCUCCCCUUCAGGAUAGCUCAUCUGUUUCAUUGGGCUAAAUACCAACUUGAUGCCAGUGUCCAAAAUGAUAUUCUCAGUACGCUACUGACAUGCUAUUUCCAUUACCUCUCAGACUCAGUGUGCCCAAAACUAAACUCUUGAUCUUAAAUGCUUCCCCAACACACUCUAUCAUCAUCUUCUGUUUACUAACUUCACUUUCUUGGCCUAGACACUUCAAAGUCGUUCUUUUUGUUCUUCAUUUUUGAGGCAGGGACUCACUGUGUAGUUUAGACUAGCCUUGAAGUCACUAUGUGGUCCAGGCUGGCCUCAAAUCAUGGUAAUCCUCCUGCCUUAGCCUUCCAGAGUGCUGGGAGUGCUGGGAUUACAGGCACUCGACGCUGCGCCUGGCCUCAGAGGCAAUCUGAAAACUUGUACCUUAUCAUAUUCUUUUAAUACACAGCAAUAAUUCUUAGUUCCACCAAAUCCAAAAUAUUUCUCACAUCUGUUCUUUUUUCUCUAUUUCCCCUGCUGUCCUGACCCCACUGCAGUCAGUCUGUGCUGCCCUCCUCUCCCUUACAAACCAUUCUGCAUACAGUAGUCUAAGUGAUGUUUUUAAAAAUGUAAAUGAAAAAAAAAAAUAAAUGAGAGCACUUCACCUUCUUGCCUGAAAACUGAAUUCCCACUACAUGAAUGGUAAAAAUCUAAGAUCCCUUCUGUGGUCUGCAAAACCCUACAUAAUUUAAAACAGCCUUUCUCACCCACCCAUUGUGUACUGAUCCUCUGGGAAAUCAUCACUCUUUCACAUCUCUUUCCUUGUAUUCUAAAGAACCAUUCUGUUGGGGUAGGGGCUUCAUUCAUUCUCUUUGGGACAUUCUCUGCUUCAGUUCCUUAUUUAGUUGAUUCAUUUUCGUUCUUCCUUAGUUUAACUCACUUUCUUAGAAGAUUUGUCUGACUUCUGUUGGAGGAGACCCUCACUCCUUUCCAUUGUUUUUCUUCAUAACUUUUUUUUUUUUUGGUACCGGUGAUCAAACUUGGGUCCUUUCGGUUGCGAGGCAGGCCCCGGAACCACUGAGCUAAAUCCCUGUCCCUUCUUCAUAACUUUUAUCAUGAGUUGUAAUCAAGCUUACUUUUCCCACAGGAUCUCCUCCAGCCUUCAGAAGAAGAGAGGAACAGGAUGAAGGUUGAGCAUCAUGAAAGAUGAGCCAGAAGAGGCCGAGCUAAUUUUGCAUGACGCUCUUCGCCUUGCCUAUCAGACUGAUAACAAGAAGGCCAUCACUUACACUUACGAUUUGAUGGCCAAUUUAGCAUUUAUACGAGGUCAGCUUGAAAAUGCGGAACAACUUUUUAAAGCAACAAUGAGUUACCUGCUUGGAGCGGGUAUGAAGCAGGAAGACAAUGCAAUAAUUGAAAUCUCCCUGAAGCUGGCCAGUAUCUAUGCUACUCAGAAUAGACAAGAAUUUGCUCUUGCUGGUUAUGAAUUCUGCAUUUCAACUCUAGAGGAAAAAAUUGAAAGAGAAAAGGAAUUAGGAGAAGAUGUUAUGUCAGUGGAAGAAAAAGCUAAUACCCACCUCCUUCUGGGCAUGUGCCUAGAUGCCUGUGCACGAUACCUUCUAUUUUCCAAACAGCCAUCACAGGCACAAAGGAUGUAUGAAAAAGCUCUGCAGAUUUCUGAAGAAAUACAAGGAGAAAGACACCCACAGACAAUUGUGCUGAUGAGUGACCUGGCUACUACCUUGGAUGCACAGGGCCACUUUGAUGAGGCCUAUGUUUAUAUGCAAAGAGCAUCAGAUCUGGCAAGACAGAUAAAUCAUCCCGAGCUGCACAUGGUACUCAGUAAUCUAGCUGCAAUUUUGAUACACAGAGAACGAUACACACAAGCAAAAGAGAUCUACCAGGAAGCACUGAAGCAAGCAGAGCUGAAAAGAGAUGAGGUUUCUAUACAGCACAUCAGGGAAGAAUUGGCUGAGCUGUUGAGAAAAAGAUCUUUGACUUAACUUUGUCACGCUCUAAAUCUAUUUUUGUUGUGGGGAGAAUAAUUUCUGGUAACCAACAGGAAUAGUUACUUCAAUGUCUGUGGUACCCAGAUCAAUCAUGUAAAUCCUUUGUUCUCUAUUGUUAAUUCAGGUUUCUUCCAUAUAGCCUUGGUGAAGGACAAGUUGUAUACACUGCCACUUUUGUUUUGAAAGGAAAAAUAACUUUGACCCAACUAAUUGUGACUUCUAAGGACUGAUGUUGAGUGAUGAUUUCUAUUGUAACUAGGUGGUGUUCAUGCUAGUCUAAUUACAGAUGGAGAUGGGCCAGUUUUCCUUUGGGUAUGGUAAUUAUACUUGGUUAUCUCUACCAUAAGAUUUUGGUUCACUGAUUUAUGCCCUUUCUUCUCUUCAUCAAUACUUGGCAGACCAAGCUACUUAUCUCAUGGCAGAGGGGGAUUAUGGUGAGUUAUUUCUAUUACAAACUAUUUCAUGAAGCACAGUGUGGGAUUUAAUGCAUAAAGGAACAUUGCCACCAGCACUCCACAUGAAGUUUUAAAGUGAACGUUGGGCACUUGUGAAUAUAGUACCCACUUGGUUAUUAAUAAAGGUGAACUAUGUGCCUGGUUUUAUGUAGCCAUUAAAAAUGGUGGUGGUGGUGGGGAGGAAUGAUGUAACCUCUUGCUCAUCAAUACUGAGCAUUCAAUACUAUUUGUAGCUGUGGUCACAAGUGGUCCUCUUUUAAAGAUACACCUGGACUGUACUUAGACCUUCACAUUAGGGUUUUACAAGUGUAGAUUUAAAAACCAGUAAUUCUGAUGUGUGUGUUGGUAAAGUAGAGCCACUGACCUGGAUCGUAGUCCUGGCUUUCUGAUUUUGGAAUCUCAGUAUCCUCACCUACAAGCGAGGAAUAAACAAGAUUCUUUCUUAGCCAUGGGAGAAAGAAUCUGGUCGUAUGACUUUUAAAUGAAUAGACUACUAUGUUGAAAGAGAUUUAUCACACUGCCUCAAAAUAUGUAAAUACAAGAUACACAGAUUGAUGCUCUUCAGCAGCCUUGCAGCUAGCCAUUUGUCUGGGGGGAGGGGAGACAGUUUUUCUAGGUACUGCAAAGGAACACUGAUAUUGUUGAUAUGCGUGGGGGGGGUGGAAUUGGUAAACUGCUAUUUUUGGUUCUUAUGUAUAUACUGAAGAAUCUUUUCGUAAUAAACUAGAAACUCUAUACCAGUA